GGAACAUUAGCGGGGCGCAGGGAUACGACGGAGCCGCGCGUCGCUAGCAGGUGCACACAACGCAGGGGAACGACAUAACACGGGAGGAGCGAUGCCGUAGACGAGCAUAUGGUGUUCUCCAGUUACAGACGACGGAAGAGAAACGUCCCGCCACAAACCGCAAGGCCCCGCCACAGAAUAAUGUCACGAGCUCAUGCCAUCGGCUGACCUUCUGUCUCUGAGGUGACUGUGUUCUCUGCAUAUUGAAGUCAUUCACUCUAAUACCAACAAAAUGUCAGGGACCUACACACCGGCUCCCGGUGGGCCCUUCUCCGCCCUCACUCCAAGUAUGUGGCCUCAGGACAUUUUGGCCAAGUACCAUCAAAAAGGCUCAUUGGAGCAGCCUGAACUCCAAUACGAUGAGUUUGGCUUCAGAGUGGACACUGAAGACGGCGGGGAGUCCAGGUCCUGGCUGGGCACUGAGGGCUCACCCCAGCGUGAAGAUCCCCAGCAGCGGUUGCGCUGGCAAGCCCACCUGGAGUUCACCCACAACCACACGGUGGGUGACCUGACCUGGGAGCUCAUUGAUCCCGUCCUUCCACGCUCCGAGCGUCUGCGUUCCUUGGUGCUCGGGGGCAUACCUCACAGCAUGAGGCCACAGCUUUGGAUGCGGCUGUCUGGAGCUCUGCAGAAGAAGAGGACCGCUGAGAUCUCCUACAGAGAAAUCAUCAAGAACAGCUCCAACGAGGACUCCUCCACAGCUAAACAGAUAGAGAAGGACCUGUUGCGGACUAUGCCAACCAAUGCGUGUUUCAAUACCCUGACCUGUGUUGGUGUGCCGCGGCUGAGGCGGGUACUGAAGGGCCUGGCCUGGCUCUACCCCGACAUCGGUUACUGUCAGGGUACCGGGAUGGUGGUUUCCUGUCUGCUGCUUUUUCUUGAGGAGGAGGAUGUCCUGUGGAUGAUGUGUGCCCUGAUUGAAGACCUCCUCCCUCCAGCCUACUUCUCCUCCACUCUGCUGGGCGUCCAAACGGACCAGAGGGUUCUUCGCCAGCUCAUUAUUCAGUACCUACCAGCCCUCGACCGCCUCCUGCAGGAGCAUGACAUAGAGCUGUCGCUGAUCACAUUGCAUUGGUUCCUGACAUCAUUUGCCAGUGUGGUGGACAUCCGUCUGCUUCUCAGGAUUUGGGAUCUCCUCUUCUACCAGGGCUCACUGGUGCUCUUUCAGGUCACACUGGGGAUGCUCAAAAUCAAGGAGGAGGAGCUCGUAUCAUCAGAGAACUCUGCUUCCAUUUUUAACACUCUGUCGGACUUGCCGAGCCAGCUGAGAGAUGGGCCUGCGGUUCUUGGGGAAGCUAUGAGACUUGCAGGGACGCUGUCCCAGGAAAAUCUGGAUGCCCACCGACACAAGCACCAAGCCUACAUCCUGAACGAGCAGGCACAGCUCAACAACGGAAACAACACAACACUCAACACAAAUCUCAACAAGGUGGUGAGAAGACAGUCGCUGCGCAGGAAGUCCACACUGAGCUCGCUGUUGUUUGGGGAGGAUGAGGCCGAGGCUCUAAAAUCCAAGAACAUCAAGCAGACCGAGCUGGUGGCUGCCCUGCGAGAGGCGAUAACCCGCACUGCAGAGCACUUCCACUGUUUGGACCCCCGUCACUCCAGUACUGACUUGACUCCGGACUACUCCAUGGAGAGCCACCAGCAAGAUCACGAAAACUUCCUGGUUGUUUCCCGCACCCGGCGGAGACGGGCAAAGGCUUUGCUGGAUUUUGAGCGACACGACGACGACGAACUGGGCUUCAGAAAGAACGACAUCAUCACCAUUAUCUCACAGAAGGACGAACACUGUUGGGUUGGGGAGCUCAACGGCCUCAGAGGCUGGUUUCCAGCAAAGUUUGUGGAGAUCCUCGAUGAAAGAAGCAAAGAGUACUCAUUAGCAGGUGAUGACUCUGUGACCGAGGCAGUGACAGACCUGGCCAGGGGCACACUGUGUCCGGCCCUGAAGGCCAUCUUUCAGCAUGGUCUCAAGAAACCAUCUAUACUGGGAGGGCCCUGUCACCCUUGGUUAUAUAUAGAGGAGGCGGCCAGUAGGGAGGUAGAGAGGGACUUCAACUCAGUCUACUCACGACUGGUGCUGUGUAAAACUUACAGAUUGGAUGAAGAUGGGAAAGUACUAACACCAGAGGAGCUGCUAUACAGAGCGGUUCAGGCAGUCAACAUGAGCCACGACUCGGCACAUGCUCAGAUGGACGUCAAGUUUAGGUCUCUCAUCUGCGUCGGCCUCAAUGAGCAGGUGCUACACCUAUGGCUGGAGGUGUUGUGUUCCAGCAUGGCUGCCGUAGAGAAAUGGUAUCAUCCCUGGUCGUUCCUUCGCAGUCCAGGAUGGGUCCAGAUCAAGUGUGAGCUCAGGGUCCUGUCAAAGUUUGCCUUCAGUCUCUCCCAGGAUUGUGAGCUACCCGACAAGAAAGAGGAGAAGGAGCAGAGACCGUUGAAAGAGGGCGUGCAGGACAUGUUGGUGAAACAUCACCUCUUCAGCUGGGACAUUGAUGGCUAAACACAGCAAAAAAAACCAACCAAAAAACCAAACGGCUGAAUCUGACCCUGUCUUGUGCGUCUGUUUAUAUUCGAUGUCUCUUCACUUGUUUCUUACAGACUGUCCAUCAUAAACCCGACACUAGUGUCUGCUACACUGUGACUGCUUCUGUCACAUCACCUCUCGGCGUUGAAUAUCGACGACAGCCUGACAAUGAGGACCUAAGCUGUCUUGUCACCAUAAAGAUCGACUGGUCUGUAAGAGCUGAGGCGCGUGUGCAUUAAGGUGCAUACUUAAUUUUUUAAUUCAGACCCAGUAUAGGACGUAAGUAAAACACUCCUCUAGUACAGAAACAGUCUGGACUUACUGAAGAACUCACUACACUGGCCACUGACUGUGUUGGAGACGUGCGGUCCGCUCUCUCUUGUCAUUGGUCGUGUCUGCGUUAAAUGCAGCACCAGGUGAUCACAAACACCGGGCCUUUUCAAACAUGGUCCCAAACUCCACAUCACCCUGUAAAUUUCCCCAAAAACCAAACGAAGAACAUUCCUGAACAUGGAGGUUUGUACAGCUACUGAUUAUUUUUAGAGAAACGCUACUUCCUUCAAUAUCAUGAAAUACCCAAAACAUUUCAUUAGAUACUAAUGUUGCACACACCAAGUAAAGCCUUUUCAAAUUGUGAUACAAGACUAUGGCUACGUGUGCUACCGGAACAGUGGUAGUGUGCAGUCUACACUUGUAUGACAUAUUGUAAAUGAAGCAGAUGUUUUGUGUUACGAUCUAUACAUAUAUACGUGUGUGUGUAUAUACAGAGUGGGGUCCAGCAGUCAAUUUUUUUUGUGUGUUUAAACACAUUUGUCAUUUGUGACUGAAUGUAUCCUUGCUAGCUAAAAUUAUUGUAUUGUAAUCAUUUUUCAUUUCCAGUUUUCUGACUGGCUCUAAUCUAAAACUGCACAUUCAUAAUGAAACAGGGAUCGCCUGUUACUUACUACAUCAAUUGUAUUAUAAGCUGUGGACCAUGAGUGGGUACUUGAGAGGGUUGAUGUGUCAACAAAACUAAAUAACUUUAUUUUGUUAUGCACAGGAAACGAAGAUUUAUGUUCACUUGUUAACCUGGUAAAUGUUUGGAUACUUGCUACAUACAGUAAUAAUGUUUGUUUUAUUGGUUGUUAUUCUUGGCAAACUAAUUCGAUCUCGCAGGUGCAAAACUUGAAACUGUUUUGUUAUUUCAUUGGAAAUUGUUUUUUCACUUCAAUUAUUUUGAAUCUUUCCCAUAUGCGCAAAAUAUAAUCAUCUUAGUUUCUAGUUUUACAUGAUUGGAGCUAUUGUAGCCUGUGUAAAUCACAAUAUACUGUAACUACUCAAAAGUAGUUGCAGUAUACUUGAGAAAAAGAACCUGAUAAAUAUUUGAAAACCCAUCCAUCCCUACUCCAGUUGAAGGUAAAUUAUUUUUUUUCCCACACUUAAAGUUUAUGUAAUAAAUACUUUAAUACACAAUCAGAAUAUGUUAAAAUGAUGCAGAUGUUUAAGAAGCGGCAAUGUUGAAAAGGUUCAGUAAAGCCUGUUUAUUAAUGUUCAGCUUUUUUUUAGCGGCAAAGUGUUUCAAAUGUCACAACACGUGUACAACAACCGGCCGUAACGCAUGGGGUUACUAGAGUUACAAGUUUCACCGCAAGUACUGCAUGUCUUCAAAUCAUGAACAACUGUUGGCGUGACGAGAUUAUGUGCUGUAUUUAUUUGUACUAACACUAGAAGUAUAAGGUGAAAAAUGGAUGACGGACAGUGGAAGCAUUAAUCCAAGAGCGCGGAUGAGAGUAGGUGGAACAAUCUUAAGACCAUCUAAAAGUCUCAUCAUCUGCAUGUAUGCUGAAUAAAUAACUGACAAUUAUAAAA